AUGUCGCCCCCCGCGAGUCCCUCCGAUAUCCCUGCUGGCCCUUCCGACACCAGCAGCGACUACACCCGACUGCACAUCACCCCGUUCGACCAGGACCUCGUCAAGGUCAUCAUCCCCUCCUCCACCCUCCCCAAGGCCCGCAACAUCUCCUACCACACUCUCGAGACCUUCCCCGAGAAGCGCUACGGUUACGUCGAGCUGCCCGAGGCCGACGCUGAGAAGAUCAAGAAGAGGCUGAACGGGGCCGUGCUGAAGGGCACCAAGAUGAGGAUAGAAAAGGCCCGCCCCGAGGAGAACUACCUCCCAGUGCCCGGCGAGGAGGACUCGGGCAAGAAGAAGAGGAAGAAGUCCAAGGAGCAGGAAGAGGGCACCAAGAAGAAGCGGAAGCGCGACCACAACCUCGUCGAGGGCGUCGAGCUGCGUGACCGCAAGGUCAAGCGCGGAUGGACCGUCCCCGAGGAGGCCAAGAUCCGGGAGAAGAAGAGCAAGAAGGAAAAGGGUGAGAAGAAGGACAAGAAGGACAAGACCAAGAAGCGCGAGGAGCGCUCCAAGUACACCGACAGGGAGGAGUGUCUGCUGAAGACGAAGCUGCCCGCGAAGCUCCCCACCACAAAACCGGCCGACGGCGAGGAGGAGGAGCCGGAGAAGAAGAAGCGCAAGAAGAAGUCCCGGGAAGUCGUCAUCCACGAGUUUGAGAAGACCACCAAGUUUCCUACGUUCCUCAAGGCCACCAAGCCGGCCCCCGCGGAGGCCCUCACGACAGAAUUUGUCGAGGGCAAGGGCUGGGUCGACGCCGAGGGCAACGUGAUUGAGCCGGAGAAGAUCAGGAAAACCGCGACGGCGCCCGUUCCCGAGUCUGAAGCAACGAAGAAGAAGAAGAAGCCCGCCAAGGCCCCUACCCCUCCCCCGCAGGACGAUACGACGAGCAGCAGCGGCACCUCCUCUGAGGAGGAUACUUCAUCAGACGAGAGUUCGGACGAGGAAGAGAAGGAAGCCAAGGCAAAACCGGUGACACCUGCAAAGAAGGCCCCCGAAGCGUCAAAGCCCCCACCUCAAUCUGUCGACGACGACACUACGAGCAGUAGCGGAAGUUCAUCUGAUGAAGAUAGCUCGGACUCUGACGAUGAAAUGGAGGAUGCAGACAAGGCCACCGCUCCGGCCCUUAUCGACAGCCCGCUGGCCGCCCUCAAGGCCGCCGAUGCCUCUCGCCCCAGGUCAUCCGGCUCCAACGUCAGCUUGACAAUCAAGAUACCCCCCACGACCCCUGCCAAGGUCCACCCCCUGGAAGCCCUCUACAAGCGUCCCAAGCCCGAUAGUGACUCCACCCCUCAACCAGCGAAGGAAGCCCAGCCCUUCAGCUUCUUCGGCGGCGGCGACAACGACGACAUCGAGGAAGACGACGCCGUGCCCGCAAUGCCGCAGAUGCCCAUGACGCCCUUCACCGAAGAAGAGUUCGCCUGGCGCAACGUCAGGAGCGCCGCGCCCACCCCAGACACCGCGUUCCCCGGCCGCACGAAGCCAUUCUGGGCCAUCGGCAAUGAGCCCGACGAGGAAGAGGAGGACGACGAGGCGACGCAGCAGGAGAUUGAGGCUACGCUUAACGCCGAGCAGAACGCCGUCGAGGGCGAGGGGUCCGGUAGCGGCGUGCCCCCCGGCGAGUUCCAGAAGUGGUUCUGGGAGAACAGGCGGAACCUGAACCAGUCGUGGAUGAAGCGCCGCAAGACGGCGGCCAAGGAGAAGAGGCACCGGGACAACAAGUCCCGCGCGUCGAAAGCUGUCUAG